AUGGGUUUAGCGGCACCGAAAAAGAGAACCAAGAUCUCCCAUGAUCCCAACAAUACGCAAUGGGCGCGAUCCACGUCGGGCUUCGGCCACCGCAUUAUGAGCGCUCAGGGCUGGGCCCCGGGCAAUCGAUUGGGAGCCAAAGAUGCGGCGCAUGCCGAUCUUUUGACCUCGGCGAGCACCUCUCAUAUUAAGGUCACGAUCAAAGACGACACGCUGGGGUUGGGCGCUCGCGGGGGCCGAGACGCACUGGGUGAACCCACUGGCCUGGAUGCCUUCAAGGGACUUUUAGGUCGUCUGAACGGAAAGUCCGACGGGGAAUUAAAACAGGAUCAGCGGAAACGGGACGAUGUCAAGCUAGCCCGAUACGUUGCCCUGAAAUUUCCCCAAGUUCGUUUCGUUCACGGCGGGAUGCUAGCCCAAGAGAAGCUGCAAGCCUUGCCGGCAUCUGAACCCAAGAAAGCGCCAAAGAAGAACGAGUCAGACACGAACGAGCAGGAGUCAGGCGAAGAUAUUGAUCCUUCCAGCGACUCCAAAUCCAAGUCCAAAUCUAAAUCCAAAUCCAAGUCAAACUUGAAGUCCAAGUCCAAGUCCUCGAAGAAAGACCGCUCUCGAUCGGACGAUGUCGACAGUUCGUCCUCGGUCUCCGAGGCCAAGAAGAAGAAAAAGUCUAAGAAGAGAAAGGCGGAUACCGAUGGAGAUGAGACUACCAGCGGAGAAACCGAACCAACUCCCAAGAAAGAGUCCAAGAGCAGUACUCAAGAAGUUGAUGUUGCGAACCCACCAACAACAUCACGAGAGCGGCGACCCAUCGGACGACAGGUUUUCCGGAGCCGACAUAUUGCUCAGAAAAAGAGAGCCCUCAUGGACGAAAAGUCACUCAAUGAGACAUUCACCAGCGGAAUGGCGUUCAGAGCUUGA